AUGGCAGCAGUGGUUCAGCCACCCUUGAACCUAAUAGACCCUGGAUCAACAGAAAGCCUUCUGGCGCUGUCGCUAGCCCAUUUGGUGAAGUUUUUUGAAUCCUACGAACUCAAAGAUGAUGGGGAGCUUCCUACGGAUCUCCACCCAAAGAGCGAUCACGAACUGGACAAGGAAGAGGAUACAGACAAGGAGGAUCUGGAAAGUGUGGCGUCCACUUUGCCCAAGCCGUUGCCGAAAGGCAAGAUCAAGGGAGAGGACGAGUCCAAAACCGAAAGGACCCACUGGUUCAGAAGAGUCGUAACCAUGAGGUUUGGAACAUGGUCAGAGAGAAAAGCCACCACGAAAGUCACCCCCGAUGACAUUUUUGACCAAAACGAGCCUCAAUCGGAAACUGCUUUUGGAAAGGAAGACUCCCAUGAAUCCCCCAAUAGUGUCCCAAAAGCAUCCAACGCAGCCACUCUUCCUCAAAAGCUCAGCAACUUCAGACCCUCCAGGUCUCGAUCGCUCACUAGCAGAAGUCUCGCUGCUCUUUUCAUCCGCAGCCAAAUGUCCACCGAUCGGCUCGAGGCGUCUGUGUUUCUGCCCUACAAUCACCAGCCCACCCUAGAGGACUUUCCUUCGAUUACAGAUGUCGAGGACAUGUCGGCUGCCAAAAUCGAGUAUUCUACACUUCCGGCCGAAUGGAACGGGUACAAGCACGAAGCGUUGAGGUCUUCCGAUGAGGAGCUCGAGCCACGUACCAAGUGGGGUGAAUGGAGAAAUGCCAAAAGAAGAAUGCAGAUGCUUAAAGGCAAGCUCAAGCUGAGUUUAGCGCUGGGAAAGAAGCGGACCAAGGGGCUUAAGGUGAGAUUUCUUUCUCCUUCUGAAGGUCUGAACAGGCUUCAUAGGCCUGCUGGUGAUAAGGUGGAGGAGGAUGUUUUUUCGCCGUUAUCGGGUAGUGAUGAUUUCGAGCGGCAGCGUCUUGAAAAACGAGAGAUUGAUAUCAAGCUGAAGGAGGAAUAUCUCAAGGCCGCUGAGGCAAAAUUGACGGCUAGACAACUUGAGCAGGCGGCAACAGAUACAAAAAGCCCUCUCGAAGAGAUAAAGGCCAAGCUCCGAGAAAACGAGACUGACAUGAAGAAGUUUCGAGAGAUUGCCAAUACGGUCAAUCGAUUUUUAGAUCGUUGA